UGAUAUAGUUGCAUUAGUUAAUCAAAUAAUUAUUUUAUUUUGUGUAUGAUCCAAUGUAUUAGACCGUGUCAGCUUAUAAUGUACUGUCCCUUUAAAUGAACAUCUGAUCUCAAUCAGGAAGUAAAGCACCGAGCUCGGCCGACUCGCCUCCGUGUUGUCAAUGUAGUUUCUUCAUGUUUGUUGCCUCAUUCAUAGCUUCUCAUUUUGAACAUUCGCCUUUUUAAUCAGACUUGAAGGUCUUCUUCACAGCAGGGACAUGGCCGAAGGUGCCGAGGCUGAUGUUGACGAGCCGCCUCGUUGUCAUGUGCCUCCUGUCAUUACAGUCUCCGGUCUGCCCAGUGCCACUGCAGCAGGUCAAAACCUGAAAGAAUGGCUGCUGGAGCAGUUCUGUGACAAACCUCUGGAGCAGGAUGACAUGCGACUUCACAAUGCAGCCUAUGUGGGCGAUCUGGACACACUGAGGAACCUACUACAGGAAGAGAGCUUUUUAGAACGGAUCAAUGAGAAAUCGGUUUGGUGCUGUGGAUGUCUGCCCUGCACCCCCCUAAGGAUUGCAUCCACAGCCGGACACGUCGCCUGUGUGGCUUACCUUAUUGCUCAAGGGGCUGAGGUGGACCUCGUGGAUGUCAAAGGCCAAACGGCGUUGUACGUCGCUGUGGUCAACGGUCACCUGGACUGCGUGCGUGUCCUCCUUGAGGCCGGAGCCAACCCCAAUGGGAGCCGUCACCACCGCAGCACACCGCUCUACCAUGCUGUCCGUGUCGGUCGACUGGAUGUGAUUCAGGAACUCAUUCGGUUCAAUGCUGAUGUUGACAUGGAUUAUCAGCUGGGUCCCCGUCUUCCCUUAUGUGCUCGGACCCUCAACACUUUAGUGGUGUGUCCUCUCUACAUCAGUGCCGCUUACCACCACCUGCACUGCUUCCGGGCUCUGCUGGAAGCUGGUGCUCAGCCUGACUUCAACUACUCAGGGCCCGUGUGCCACGAUGCUUUGACUCGCGGCCUGGCCUCCUGCCUCCUGGAUGCCGUGCUUCGACACGGAUGUGAGGUGACCUUCGUCCAGCUGCUGCUAGACCACGGGGCCAACCCAGGCUAUGUGCCCUGGGAUGAUGCUGAGCUGGAGGCUCCCAACCGAAGAAAGGUGGAUCCCGAAGCCCUCAAGCUCUUCCUGGAAGCAAGAAAAUGCCCCAACAGGUUGACCCACCUGUGUCGCAUCAGGAUACGCAGAGUCCUGGGGAAAAAACGUCUGCAGCAUAUACCAUCACUGCCACUUCCUCAACCCAUCCACAACUUCCUGUUUCAUCACAACUAACAGCCUUCGUCACAACCACAGUGGUGUGGCUCUGUGGACGUCAUUUAUUUAAAAUUGAAAAUUUUUUUUUUUUUCAAGUUUGGUAAGUUGAAACACCUUUUUCCUCUCCCUGUCAGAGUCCUAAUAUUGUAUACUUUCACUGUUUAUUAUUGCUCCUAUCUUACCAUACGUAUAUUCUGUGUACCAGUGACGUGCAGUCAGGGGGGGGCAGGUGAGGCGGGGCCUCACGUACCAUCAUGGAAAGAAAAAAAAUGUAAAAAGAAAAAAAAAAAAUUAAAUUGUUACAGUAUAUGUAUCCAGUGAUUAUACUAUAAAGUUAUUUUCCAUUUAACUUCACCAGUUUUAGAUUCUUUUUAUUCAAAAUCGCAGAAUUUUCACAUUUGCCGUUCAAAUACUGAGAAGAGACUUGCGGUGAGUCACCAGCCAGUUGAGCCUCGCCAUGGAUUGCGCAAUGACUCGGCUAACUGCUGGCCUGCUGUGCAGUGAGACCGUAUUGCUAUAUGAAUUAUAUUAUACAUUUCCAUAGUUUAGUUAGCUGAGGUAUAUAAUGUACAGUGUAUUUUGUCAACAACUGUAUGUGUGUAACGUAUUUCUUGUGCUGAGCAUUCAUAAAACGGCUGCGAAGACGCACUGGGUGAGGCUCGCAGUAAUCCCGCCUCCUGAUGGUACAGGGCGCUAGUGAUCCUUGAGAUCAUUCUUGCGACUACUCGGCUGCAGAAUAAGUGACAACAAGCAGCAACAGUUAGCGAUCGUUUAUUUGUUUCCUCUCGCCUGGACUUUUGAAAUGGAGGAUUACAUAUCUAUAAUAAAACAGUUUUCUAAACUGGACUUUCAAUCGAAGCAGGAGGUAAUAAUUAAAGGAAGAUCUUUAUCGAGACAGAGAGACUUUUAAAAAUGAAGAAAGAUAAGGAAGACUUCUAUAAACAAUUUGUCGAUGCUUUUGUUCAGAAGGAGCGGCGCAUGGACUUCAUUUAUAAGUAAAGGUAAGACCAUAAUAACGUAUUUUUUAUUAAAUGUGCUUCUUUGUGUGCUACAGUUUGUAUGUGUAAAGUUAAAGUUAAGUUAAAGUACCAAUGAUUGUCAUACACACUAGGUGUGGUGAAAUUUGUCCUCUGCAUUCGACCCAUCCCCUUGCUCACCCCCUGGGAGGUGAGGGGAGCAGUGGGCAGCAGCAGCGGCGCCGCGCCCGGGAAUCAUUUUUGGUGAUUUAACCCCCAAUUCCAACCUUUGAUGCUGAGUGCCAAGCAGGGAAGAAUGCUGGUAUGAGCUUUUAAACAUAACCCGUUAACUGCCGCCAAUCAAAUGGUGAAUAAGAUACUCUUUAGGGUUCAUAUGUUUGUAAAUCUGACUGUGAUGAAGUCAGUGCCUCACCAGCCAUGAACCUCACCGCACGUCACUGCUGUGUACUCUUUAAACAGUGGAACCCGUUUAUGUCAAACAAGUCUUCACAUUACUAAAACGUGCUCAAGUCAACCUUGGCAGACACGGUCGAUGCAAAAUAUAAGAGCCAAAAGUGUCAUUUGUUUAUGUCGAGAUAUUAUAUUAUAUUAAUUUCAUCAUUGUCGUGAAGCAGCUUGAAACAACAGCAACAACAUAACUAUUAGGAGUGUGAAUCUUUGGGCACUUAAUGAUUCGAUCCGAUUCCGGUUCCUCAGAUGACAGUUCGAUUCAGAAUCGGUUCUCGAUUCAAGUUGUUUCUCGAUUCAAACCAAAUCUCGCAAUGUAAUAUUUAGUAUAAUACUUAUAAUGAAACUUUUUUAAAACAGCCUGGUUGCAUGGUUAUGGCCUGAAAACAUAUGUAUGUAUAUAUAUAU